AUGGGAUGUCUAUUCUCAUUUUUCUUUCGUCCCUCGGCCAGUGCCGACAUAGUUGAAACACCACGUCAAGUGUUCUCAUGGGAAAAAGAAGAUCGACAAGCAAUAAGAAAAGAAGAUUUUAUUCUUGAUAAACUCAAUAAUGAAACAAUAUACCGAUUACCAGGUUCCAUUAAUGGACAACAAUUUAUAGUACAAAAUUGUGACAAUUGUACUGUCUAUGUAUUUGACCAUACAGGUCAAAUACAAAUUGAUGAUUGUACUAAUUGUCGAAUAUUAAUAGGACCUGUUCAUGGAAGUAUUUUUAUUCGAGAUUCAACAAAUUGUAUAUUAGCAACAGUGUGUCAACAAUUUCGUACACGAGAUUGUCGUGAUUUAUAUAUUUAUUUAUCAUGUGCUAGUCAACCGAUUAUUGAGUCAUCACAUAAUAUUAAAUUUGGAUGUUUAACAUUAAAUUAUAAUAAUUUAGCAGGUAAGAUUAGUCAAUGA